AUGCUGACUGAUGACCAAGUGGAUGAAAUCAUUGUGGAGGUGGAACAUGUGGCCUCUGGGCACCAUCUGUCCAGCCACCAGCUCAUUCCCAGAAAGCAGUCCAAAUCUCAUUUUAGCACCAUCACAUUCAAGUCUGACAUGAACGAGGCCAGCUCCUGGAUUUUCAGUGACCUGAAUGACGUCAAGGAUUCUUCAGAACUUAGUGUGGUUGUAGACUCUCCUUGGAUGUCCCAUGAAAGCGUUCGAGUCCAAAAGUUAAUCGCCACACUGGCCCCCAUGACUUUGAGAGAGAGAAAUAAAGCCAUUAGGAGUCAGCCAAGGACCAUGGAAGAGAAGAGGAUCCUGAGGAAAAUGGUUGACAAGGAGAAAAACAAGCAGCCCCAUCGCUGCCUUGAGUUUGGCUGCUGCUCGCAGUGCCUGAACUCCAUCUCCCAGGCGUGCCGGAGAUCCAAGAACAGCCUUUCGGAGCUGCUGGGAGCUGUCAGCCUGUGGCAGAAGACGUUCAAAGUCAUCGGGGGCAAGUUUGGGACCAGUGUUUUGUCCUACUUCAACUUCCUGCAGUGGCUGUGGAAGUUCAACGUUUUCUUCUUCAUUGUGAUCCUUGGCUUCCUCAUCAUCCCGCAGCUUACUGUGGCUGAGAAGAACAACCUUCCCUUCACAGGGCUUGAGUUUUUCACAGGGUCGGGUUAUUUUAAUGACACUGUAAUGUAUUAUGGCUUUUACACCAAUUCCACAAUUUAUCAUGGAAAAGGCCCAUCCUACAACAUGCAGCUGGCUUAUCUCUUCACCAUUGGAGGGUGUCUGGUGGUCUGCUUCUUCAGCCUGCUCCUCAGCAUGGCUAAGUAUUUCCGGAAAAACUUCAUCAACCCCCACCUUUACUCCAGAGGCAUUGCUAAACUGAUUUUUUGCUGGGACUUCACUGUCACUCAUGACAAAGCAGUAAAGCUCAAGCAGAAGAAUCUUAGCACGGAGAUAAGGGAGAAUCUGUCAGAAAUCCGCCAGGAGAAAGUCAAGUUAACCCUCAGCCAGCAGCUCAUUCGCUUGUCUGCUCACCUGGCAGCCUGGUUUGUGUCCACGGGAGUGGCCGGGGCUUGCUGUGUGGCCGUUUAUUACCUGGCCGAGAACAACUUGGAGUUUCUGCAGAAUCACAGGGACCCCGGGGCAGUACUGUUACUGCCCUUUGUGGUCUCCUGCAUCAACCUGGCUGUGCCACGCUUCUACUCCAUGUUCCGGCUGGUGGAGCACUACGAGAUGCCAAGGCAUGAGGUCUAUAGCCUCCUGAUUAGGAACAUCCUCCUGAAAAUCUCAAUUAUUGGUAUUCUCUGUUACUAUUGGCUCAAUGUGGUGGCUCUGUCUGACCAGAAGUGCUGGGAAACCCUCAUUGGCCAGGAAAUCUACCGGCUCCUUCUGAUGGACUUUGUGUUCUCUAUCAUUGAUUCUCUGCUAGGAGAGUUUCUCAGGCGGAUCAUUGGGACUCACUUUGUGAGUUUGGGCUCACAGGAGUUUGACAUCGCCAGGAAUGUCCUGGAGCUCAUCUAUGCACAGACACUGGUGUGGACCGGAACCUUCUUCUGUCCUUUACUACCCUUUAUCCAAAUGAUCACUCUUUUCAUCAUGUUUUACGUCAAAAAUGUUAGCCUGAUGAUGAACUUCCCACCACCCAGCAGAGCCUGGCGGGCCUCGCAAAUGAUGACGGUCUUCAUCUUCCUACUCUUCUUCCCAUCCUUCACUGGAGUCCUCUGUACCUUGGCCAUCACUGUCUGGAGGUUGAAGCCUUCAGCUGGCUGUGGCCCCUUCCAAGGCCUGCCCUCCAUCAUCCACUCCAUCUAUAGCUGGAUCGACACCCUGAGCACCAGGCCAAGCUACCUGUGGGUGGUCUGGAUCUACCGCAACCUCAUCGGCAGUGUGCAUUUCUUCUUUAUUCUCACCCUCAUCGUGCUAAUCAUCACCUAUCUGUACUGGCAGAUCACUGAGGGAAGGAAGGUCAUGAUCCGGCUGCUCCAUGAACAGAUUGUCAAUGAGGGCAAAGACAAGCUGUUCCUGAUUGAAAAGUUGACCAAGUUGCAAGAUGCAGAGAAGAGAGCUGACCCCAGCUUGGGUCAGAUGAAGAGGAGAGAUGUGAAGGUGAGGCCUGGUUCUGCCACCCUGAAGUGCUAUGACCCAGACUUACCUCUGUGGGUCCAGUGCCACUAA